UCUAGGAAGUUGAGCUGAGUCGGCUACGUUGCGGAAGUAAACUGGAAUCGUAAGUAGGUCAUGCUCUUUGCCAUUCCAGUAUAUUAUCUUAAAUAAUCCGAUUGCAUGUUCAAAGUGUUGGGAGAAAAUUCAUAACACUGGUUUGUGUUUCAGCGACGGUGCUGAAUUGAACGGCAUGUAAAUUUGAAUGAGGAACACUUCUUCGUGGAUGAACCCUGGAAGAGUACAACAGUGAUUGUCGUUUGACAUUUCAAGCAGUCGGCUGCAGGAGAGUUAUCCCCAUCGCAGGAUGACCGACCGGACUUUCAACCUGUCCCGGGACGAUAUCACUCACAAGGGCUGGCUGAAGAAACAGGGCGGACCCUUCAAGACAUGGCAGCGCCGGUACUUCAUCCUCCAGGGCGAGUACUUGCAUUACUUCCUGAGGGAGGACGAGCCUCGGCCCCUGGGUACCAUACCGCUGCGCAACAACCGGGUGGAGAAGCGGCCAGUGAAUCCUGACGAUCCGGGAAAGUUUCUUUUUGAGAUUCUUCCAGGAGUGGACGGUCCAGCCAAGCUGACCAGCAGCCACGAGACCUUCCUGCUGUGGGGCUGCAGUGUACAAGACGUGGACGAGUGGGUCCAGUCAGUCCGCCGAGCCAUCUACAAGCAGAAGGGCGGAGGGAUAUUUGGCCAGAGUCUCUUGGACACCAUCACCAAUGAGAGCACGACGAGUACCAAGCAGAUCCCGUCCAUCGUGGAGCAGUGUGUCGAGCAGCUCAGGGAACGAGGGCUGCAAGAAGAGGGCAUCUUCAGGCUACCAGGCCGGGUCAGCCUGAUCAAGGAGCUUCAGGAGAGGUUUGACUGUGGGGAGAAGCCAGACUUCAGAGCCAUGAAUACCGACAUCCACACCAUCGCCUCUUUGUUCAAGCUGUAUCUGCGCUUGCUCCCCGAGCCCCUCAUCCCCUGGCAGCACUACCAGAGCUUUUAUGACGGCAUUAAACUCCACCAGGAGCGCGAGGAAGAAGGCAAGAAGGAGCUGAUCCAACAGCUAGCCCUCCUCCCCCGAACCAACUACAACCUCCUCAAGUACCUCUGCGAGUUCCUGCACGAUGUGCAGAGCUACGAGAGCUACAACCGCAUGGGCAUGCUCAACCUGGCCACUGUCUUCGGCCCAAACAUCUUCCGGCCUCGCCUUGAGAACGCUACCUCUCUGAUGGAGACAACUACUAUGAGCCAGAAGUUCCUUCACUUGUUGAUCCGAGAGCACGAUGAAAUGUUUCCGCCAAACGAUCAGAUCUUCCAAACGAUGAUCAAAACCAAAGGGAAAGACAAACCGCUUCCAACCCCACCUCCAAGGAAAAUGGGACGCAAUGCAACGUCUUCACCGGAGAGUGUUGACUUGCUGAAAGAACUCCAGGAUAAAGUGCAGACUCCUCCUGUCCGACCACCUCGGGAAAAGAAGGACGGAGUCAAUCACGAGAGUCUACUGCUUGACUUGGAAUCUGACUGGAUUAAGGUCUCAGCGAGUCUUGCUUUUACCAAGCGCAGCUACAGCGUAGACGGCGCAUUCGGUUUCCAGGACGAUACCUCGCAGUCGGAUUCCAGCACGCUCGAGUCAAGCAGUGAACACUUGAGUGGCCAUUCUGAGGUUAACUCUCAAAACACUUCUCGUGUAGACCUGGAUGCGACCAUUACGCCAGCAUCACCGACCUUGUCUCCGAUGAGCAACCUGGACACACUGACAAGCUUUGAUCAGCCUUUACCACCCCCUCUCUUACCGAGCUCGAAUCAGCCACAUACCUCCCCCAAGAGGAAUCAGCCACAUACCUCCCCCAAGAGGAAAUCCGCCUCUCUGGGAGUUGACCUAACGGCAGGGACCCCAGAGAGUGCGCCUCUACACUCUUCUGACUACGUCUCGUCGUCUCCUGUGAAACUUGUGGAGGAGAUCGCAGCUCUUAAGACGGAGAUGGUGAAAUGGAAGAUCAAAUGUGAGGGACUGGAGAUCCAGCUCCAGAAUGAGGAGACCGCCAAGAAAGCAACGGAGGACAGGAACAAGCAGCUCUUGAAGCAACUGAAUGCCUUCAUCGCAGAGUACGGCCCCAAGUGACCUGGCUAAUCACACUGCCGUCGUCGGUGCGCCUGGUCUCCCCCGAGGUCACCCGUCUCCAACAGGGACAACGUUGCUUACCAACCUGGCGGGUACCAGUUGCUGAUGGAACACAAAGCCUGACCGAGUAAAGUGAAAGGAAUGCAACAUGGCCCCUGCACAGCGACCAUCUCAUGGCGUGUCAUGUUGCGUCCACCUUGGGUUUUUAUCAAUUACAAACCGACAUCGUUUUCUUUUUAUCAAGCAUUAUUUCUCCGAAACCAUCCCCAGCAUUUUGCUCAAACUGCAUGUGUGUGUCUUGCCCACUUAAAUGUAAAAUAAUCUCUGUUGUAAUAUACUAUGUACAUCUUUGAUUGUUGACGUGUCUUCAGUAUUUUAGAACCACUUAUGGAAUGACGUCAACAAGCUUGAUAGAACUCUCACAGCAUAGUGUGCGUUGACUACAUGUACAUGGGAUUUUCCUAUCACAUGCUGGCCGAUUUAUUUAGGAAGCUGAUGGUAAGAUUGUACACCCUUUCAGCAUAUGUAAUCAGCAUGUAAUUUUUUUUUAUGCCACUCCAUUUAAUGGAUUGCUCCUGCAGAAAAAUUAUGCAAGAAUUGUUUUUUUAAUAAACCACAAAAGAAAAAUCUUACUACACUUCACUCUAUUUGAUCUUCCAAUUUUUUUUCUUCUCUUCAUUAUGUGCUAUGCACAAAUAUUAGAUAUAUAUAUAGGUUGACACUGUUAGAAUUAGGAUUGAAAUAAAAUUUGAAAUGAAAAUUUUGAAGGAAUCUCCCACUCUGAAAUAGUCUGGUAAUAUGCAAAUCACGUGUUGUAAAUAAUAUAUUGGUGCUGGGGUUUCUCUUAUAUGCUACUGUGCAAAAGUGUGCCUUGAAUCAUAUAUGUGACAUAUGAUCAUGUAUGUGCGAUAUUUUUUUUUUCUGGAAGUGUCACGAAUUUGAACAAGUCAAUUUACAAGAUGUAUACUUAUGUUAUGUAUACUUGUGCCUUUAGCAAUCUAGAGGUACAUAAUAUUUUGUUUGUAGAGUCCAAACGUCUAUUUUUAUAACUCUAUAAAAAAAGGUGUACAAGUAUAACUACAAUGUAGGUUUGUGUAAAAUAGUUAAACAUCUAAACAUUCUUUACCAUUUUGCCCUUUUUUGUAGCAACUCAAAUCAUGAACUUGCAGAAGUAAAAUGUAUUUUAUUGAUUUUUUUUCUACUUUUAUGAAGAGAAUAUGAAAGGCUUGAUCCAAGUGUGAUUUUUUUUUUUUUUUCAAAAGUGUAUGUUUUAAUUUUCUUAUCAAUUUGCAUAUUUGGUUUGUGAUAUACCCGUAUUGCGUCCAUGUGGUGAAAUGUAUAACGAGCAUUUGUAUCUAAUUUAAUCAAAGAGAAAAAGUAUUAUGGUGCAUAACGUAUUGUGCCCGGGACCUUAUGAGUUUCUUUGUUCUUUGGUUUGUAUAUAUUUUGCUUUUAGGUUCUCCAUAGAAGUUUAUUUUACUCAUUUUUGAACAAGGAUGUUAGGUUUUUAAUGGCCCUAAGCAUGUUUUGUAUGAACAUUGGCAGGACUUCUCUCACAAAACUUUGCAACAUCAAAAAAAAAGAAAAUAAUUCAGUUACAUGUUAAGCUCUACCGACAAAAUCAACAGUGAAGUUUACAUUGGAAGUUUUCAAUACAUGUAAAUAAAAGUCUCAAUUUUGAAUAUUGUAAUUAAUGGGUGUAUAGUGGAAUUGCUUUAAUUUCUUUUCUUGUCAUUAUAUCACAGGCUUUAGAUGUGUACACAUUAUAUAAUGUAAAAAUCGUCCAUAAAUGUAUACUUAUGGAUGAUGGAACUUUUCAUUUGUCAGUAAAGAAUAACACUUAUAAGUCGAGACAAUCUUAUUGUGUGAAAUAUAUUUGACAGGUUUAACCUUAAAGGGGUCAUGCUAUGCAUUUUUUUAAAGAUCAUAUUCUGUGCAACUUUCUCCUCUUCAAUGUAUGAAAACUAUAUAAAAUCCUUUUUUUUUUGCUAAAUUUUAUUGAAAAGUGCACUUUAAACAUUCAAAACUGUCCAUGCUUUUCUGGACAACUGAACAGCUUUUGGUAUUUAAAUCCCUCGGAUUUUUGUGAAAAUGUCAUUCACCAUCAUGGGUGGUGGGUUGUGAGUAGGGUGGAUUGGAGUCUUGGACUACAGGGUGAGCCCAAAAAAAAAAGCGGAACCCAAACCCAAAAAUUAUAUUUCAUAUUUAAAAAAGAUUUGUAGCACCAAAAAUAAUGACUGGAAAGCCACUUUCAUAAGCUACCAUUAGAUGAAAAAUUACUGAAAUUGCUUAAUCUGUUCAUUUUAACACAAUGACCCUAAAACCUCUUUCGUCCAAACAUAAUAAAGAUAUUGUGUACUACAGAUGUUGACAGUUGUUGAAACAAGUAUUGUGUGUCAUUUUCUUUGUUGUUAAGAAUACACAAUAAUGGUGUUUUUUUGGGAAGAAACGGGUUUUAGGGUCCUUGCGUUAAGUGGUGAUAUUCUUUGAACGGAUUGAGCAAUUUCAGUAAUUUUUUUUUCAUUAUAUAAGUAACUUAUUAAAUUGGCUUUCCAGUCAUUGUUAUUUUUGGUCCUACAUAUUUUUUUUUAAAUAUGAAAUAUAAUUUUUGGGGUUUGGGUUCUGCUUUUUUUGACUCGCCCUGUAGAACCCCAUUUUAUAUGGGUGACUUCUAACUUAUUUACUAAAAAAAAACAACUUGAUUUCUUUUAUAUUUGCAGUUUUUGGUUUAACAGUUGAUUUUUUGAAAACAUGUCAUGUUUUUCAGCUGUACAAAAUUACAGUAUUCUUUAUAUUACAUUAUGUGAUGAAUGUUUGUGUGAUUUCUAAUGCAAGUCAUCCGAAUGUAGCUUCUAUAUACGUCUUGCUUGUUUCAUACAACAUCAUGGUGCUUUGGGAAUUAAUAAAGAAUUCUUUCCAGGAA